ACGCCCGGAGCGCACCUCUGGCUCCGCCCCCUCACAGUUUCAGCUGGGCCUAAGCCUCCGAGCUCAGUUUGACCUCAGCUUCCAGCUAUGGCGGCAGUGACCUGGAGUCGGGCGCGGUGCUGGUGUCCGAGUCUCCUGCAGGUCCUCAGAUUACCAGUGACUAAACUGCACCUAGGCAGACCAGCCAUGAGAGCCACUCAGCAGGACUUCGAAAAUGCAAUGAACCAGGUGAAACUCUUGAAGAAAGACCCAGGAAAUGAAGUGAAGCUGAGACUGUAUGCGCUGUAUAAGCAGGCCACAGAAGGACCCUGCACUAUGCCUAAACCAGGUGUGUUUGACUUUGUCAAUAAAGCCAAGUGGGAUGCAUGGAAUGCUCUGGGCAGCCUACCAAAGGAAACUGCCAGGCAGAACUAUGUGGACCUCGUAUCCAGUUUGAGUUCCUCAUCUGAAGCCUCGAGCCAGGGAAAGGGUGGAGCUGAUGGGAAAGCCCAGGAGUCCAAGGGCAUCCUGGUAACGUCUGAAGGUGGCAUCACAAAGAUCACGUUCAAUCGGCCCUCCAAAAAGAACGCCAUAACCUUCCAGAUGUAUCAGGAUAUUAUACUCGCGCUUAAGAAUGCCAGCACGGAUGACACAGUCAUCACCGUUUUCACAGGAGCUGGUGACUACUACUGCAGUGGGAAUGACCUGACUAACUUCACUAGCGCCUCUGGGGGGAUGGAGGAGGCGGCUAACAAGGGUGCUGAAGUACUGAGGGAAUUUGUAAACACUUUUAUAGACUUUCCCAAGCCUCUGGUUGCAGUAGUAAAUGGCCCAGCUGUGGGAAUCUCUGUCACCCUUCUGGGACUAUUUGAUGCUGUCUAUGCAUCAGACAGGGCAACAUUUCAUACUCCAUUCAGCCACCUCGGCCAGAGCCCGGAAGCCUGCUCCUCUUACACGUUUCCGAAGAUGAUGGGCUCAGCAAAGGCAGCUGAGAUGCUUCUCUUUGGGAAGAAGCUCACAGCAAGAGAGGCUUGGGCUCAAGGCCUUGUCACCGAAGUUUUCCCUGAAAGCACUUUUGAGACAGAAGUCUGGACCAGGCUGAAAACAUAUGCGAAGCUCCCGCCAAACUCCAUGAGAAUUUCCAAAGAGUUAAUCAGGAAAAAUGAGAAAGAAAAGCUCCAUGCAGUUAACGAGGAGGAGUGCACUACUUUACGAGCAAGGUGGCUGUCAGAGGAGUGCAUCAAUGCAAUCAUGAGCUUUGUUACCAGAAAGCCAAAGCUGUGAAGUCCACAACAAUGGCAAGACUCCUCACAAGAAGGACAGACUGUGAGUUCCAGUUCCAAGGACUUGAAUGGCACAUACUUCUCUGAGCCUUUUCCUUGAUUAACUUAGCAACUAUGAUGAGAUUGCUUCACAGCACUGAUAAAUAGAACUUUUCAUAAAUCAAGCCUUAAGAAUUCAUGUCUGGGGCUGGAAAGAUGGUUCAGUGGUUAAGAGCACUAACUGCUCUUCUAGAGGUCCUGAGUUCAAAUCCCAGCAACCACAUGGUGGCUCACAACCAUCUGUAAUGAGAUCUGAUGCCUUCUUCUGGUGUGUCUGAAGACAGCUACAGUGUACUUACAUAUAAUAAAUAUUAAAAAGAUUUUAAACAAAAGAA